AUGGCGAAGACCACAUGCAAGCUCUGCUUCCGCCGCUUCGCCAGCCCCCGCGCCCUGGCCGGGCACAUGCGGUCCCACUCCCUCGCCACCGCCGCCGCCGCCGCGAGGCAACAGAUCUCCACCGCGUCCUCCGCCGCGGCGACCACCGACGAGGACGUGGGGUUCAAGAGGCCGCUCCCAAUCUACACGCUCCGGGAGAACCCGAAGCGCAGCCUGCGCGUGUCCGAGUCCUCGGAUCGCGAGAGCGAGGCCGAGUCCACCCCGCCGCGGGCCAAGCGGGCGCUGGCUGGGGCUGGCGCCUGGGGCGAGGCCGAGCCGGUGAGCUCGCUGUCGGACGCGGCCACGCCCGAGGAGGACGUGGCGCUGUCGCUGAUGAUGCUGUCCCGCGACUCGUGGCCGUCGGCGGACUACGGCGACGGCUACGAGUACUCGGACGACGACGACGACGAGGAGGAGAGCGACGGCGGGUACGCGCUGGUCCCCGUCCCCGAUCGGGCGCGGGCGCCGGCGGCGGCGGAGAAGCGCACGCGUUUCCAGUGCGGCGCGUGCAAGAAGGUGUUCCGGUCGUACCAGGCGCUGGGCGGGCACCGCGCCAGCCACGUGCGCGGCGGCCGGGGCGGCUGCUGCGCGCCCCCCGUCGCCCCGCCUCCUACCCCGGCAGCGCCGAAGCCGCGUCAGGCGCCGCCAUUGGACGGGGAGGGGCAGCCGCGCGAGUGCCCCUACUGCUACCGCGUGUUCCCGUCCGGGCAGGCCCUCGGCGGCCACAAGCGGUCCCACGUCUGCAUCGCCGCGGCGGCUGCGGCCCAGGCGCACGCCGCCGCCGGUGUCGCUCCUCCUGCCCCGGACGCGGCCAGGGACCUGGAAGACAUGAUCGAUCUGAACGUGGCGCUGCCGUUCGAGGAGGUGGAGGUGUCGGCCGUGUCGGAUCCCCGCUUCCCUUCCAACCCAGCUUCCUGA